AUGUCGUGGGAGAAGCACGCACUCAACCUUGGCAUGAAAGCACCUACGAUGGAGAAGAUGGUCAUACGUGUCAUCCGCACGGUCCAACCUGUCUUGUACGAGCAUUUCGUCACCAUGUCAAUGUUGACGGAACUUCGCGACAAAGGCUAUGUUUCCGUUCGUACCCGAAGAUUUGGUGAGCAAAAGCACUACUUUAGCGGUAAGGACAAAUUGUACGGCCUUAAGAUUGAGGCGUCGGUCUCACCUGAAGGCCUUAUGGUCGACAUGCUCGCGAACCGGGCCCUACAAAAGUCUGGCAAUGAGUUACUGAACAAUGACAACGGGGAACUGUUCCAAGACUUCCCUUCGUCGUGGGCUGUCCUGGUUGACAAGGAUUACUGUGGCCUAACAUCGUCCGCCCGAGCAAUCCACCCCAAGAAGCGACCAACAAACGGCACCCUCGACCGUACUGACCUCGACCGCAACGCCAAUAUCUCCUCCGACCGAGUUAUCGUGGAGUACUAUUUUGGCCGUGUUUGCCUUCUUUGGAAGAUAUCCUACGCAACGUACGUGUGGGGAACCAAGAGUUAUGAUGCCAUCCAGCGUCUUACCUCUUCUUUGACCAACUUCCAUCUUGCACUGAUGCCUCUACGUCAAAAUGUUCAGCAUCAGUACCGCGCUGUGUUGACUCGUUACCGUCGCAUGGUCGAAGAGAACAACACCUAG